UUUGUCACUGUUCCAAUUUUCAAAACCUGCCUCAACCAUCUCCAGAAUAAAUGCAGAGGUUCAUGCCCUGCGGCUGAAAUCACAGUGAGAUCAGCUUCUGAUUUGGAUCUUACGAUCCCUGGGAAGCUCCUCCGCUUGCUCUUCCACGAUUGCUUCGUCGAGGGCUGUGAUGCUUCCAUACUACUACAAGGAAAUGGGACGGAGAGAAGCGAUCCUGGAAACACGUCCGUUGACGGAUUCGCCGUGAUAGACUCAGCAAAGAGAUUGCUUGAAAUCUUCUGCCCCGAAACAGUUUCUUGUGCCGACAUUCUUGCACUAGCUGCUAGAGAUGCAGUUGAAUAUACUGGGGGACCAAGUGUGCAGAUUCCGACAGGAAGGAGAGAUGGCAGGAUUUCAGCAGCUGCAAAUGUGAGACCAAACAUCAUAGACACAAGUUUCACAUUAGAUGAGAUGGCUAAGCUCUUCUUUGCCAAGGGUUUGUCUAUGGACGACCUCGUUACUCUCUCAGGGGGUCACACGAUUGGAAAAUCACAUUGUAGCUCAUUCAACGACCGGUUCAAGCUCGACCUGAAUGGAAAUGUUACAGUGAUCGAUUCAUCCCAAGACCAGCAGUACGCGGUCCAGCUAUCGAAAAUGUGCGCUGCCGGUGUUAGGGAUGAUUCGAUCACUGUCAAUAAUGACCCAGGGACGCCAUUUCAGUUCGAUAACCAGUACUACAAGAUACUGUUGGAGCACAAGGGGCUUUUCCAGUCUGAUUCUGCACUGGUAAAUGAUAACAGAACGUUGAGCAAAGUGGUGGAAUUUGCUAACAGCCAAGAUGGUUUCUUUGAGAGUUGGGUUGUUUCUUUCUUGAAACUUUCCAUUGUUGGGGUUAAGACCGGUGAUGAGGGCGAAAUUCGACAAUCUUGUUCGAUGCCUAAUCGAUGAUCGGAUUAUCACCACUGUUCGUUUCUCCGAUGCUUCUCCAAUCGCUGUAUACUUUCAAAGCUGUAUAUAAGUACAUGUGAAAACAAUCCGAUGAUUAGAAUGAGAUGGAAUCUGCACACCACUUUAAAUUUUCUUUUGUUAUUUAGCAUUUCAUAAUAAAAUUCAUUUGUAUAUACAAUGAUGCUUUGUUAGUGUCUUAGUGAUAAUAUUUUAACUAA